AUGGCGAGGCAUCGCCUCCUCGCCGUGCUCCUCAUCGGAAUAGUUGCAGCCUCCGCCUUCAACCAAGCAGCUGCGGCUGGCCGAGGCCUUGCUGCCGUCGAGAAGUUUGCAGAGCUAGAGCCAAAGCCAGAACCCAAACCAGAGCCAAUGGCCAAACCUAUGCCGCCGCACCCAGAGCCAGAGCCUUGCAAACCUGAACCGAUGCCCAAACCCAAACCAAAGCCCGAACCAAAACCCGGACAGAAGCCCGAUCCAGAACCCAAGCCCAAGCCUAUGCCAAAACCAAAGCACAAGCAUUGCUCCAAACCAAAGCCAGGUCCUAAGCCCGAGCCAAUGCCCAAACCCGAACCAAAGCCGGAGCCCAAGCCUAAACCUGAACCGAAACCGAAGCCGCCUCCGAAGUGCAAACCACCGACAACUCACAAUUGA